AUGGCGAAAUUAGACACGCUAGACGAGAUAAAAGAACGCAUUCUUUGCGUUGAGAGAGAUAUGGGGUACAUGAAGGACUCAAUCGAAUUUGCCCAUGCAGAAUUACGGGAAUUAAAAGAAGAAGCCGAUAAGUCCAAAAGAUCCAACGAGCUUAACGGACAGAAACUACGCGAGCUAAAAGAAUCAAACCGGUACCGUCGUCUAUACAAGAGAGCGUCAUUGAUCUCAAAGCACGAUCCAUGCGCGAUUACUUGCUUUUCUUCAAUGUCAACGAAAACGAGAGAGAAAACACGACAGAGAAGAUUUACGAGAUCUUAGGACGAAAUUUAGAGAUUACCAAUGCCAGAGACACAAUAAAAGACCGAAUCGGAAGGAAACGCGAGGGCCAACGCAAGCCUAGAAUUGGUCUAUCCAUACCUCAUGUACGGAAAUCUAGUUUGGGGAAAUACUUACAAUUGAAAAUCUUGAAUAUCUAUAAAAUUAAUGAUUAUCUAUGCAGCUUAUUCAUGUAUCGCUUCAAUUAUUGUCAAAAUUUGCCGGACUUUUAUAAUGAUUAUACUUCAAACAAAAUAACGAACUACACAACUAUAAUACGCGAAAUUCUACCAAGUUACAUGUGAGUUCUAAGAGAACAAACUAUCGCAAAUACACUGUAUUUAACAAAGAUCAAAGGAGUUUCUAUAUGGAAUUGCCUUGAUGAAGAAUUUUAAAAUAUUAAAUCACAUUUUUCUUUUAAGAAAACUGCAAAAUCCCAUUACUUGAUGUCUGGUUGAUGUAUACUAAAUAUUUCAGGAAUGUUAAUGACAGUAUUGUGUAAUGUACUAAAUAUUCCUUAAACAUUUUCCAUAUUUGUUUGUAAAUAGUUUGCGUUUUUCAUUGCAAAUUGUCCUUAUGUACAUAACCUAUUUUUAUAUUACUGAACACUAAAAUUAUAGGGGCCUCGUCUUAAAAGUCCAACAGGAUUUCCAGAGGUCUCUAGCCUGUUUAUAUACUAUUCUUAAAUAUUCAAUUUGUAAAUAUUAUUUGUGCAUGGGUAAAUAUAAAUAAUAGUAAUAGUAACUAUCGAACAGUAUUACUAUACACCGAAUUUAACCUUGUCAAAACAUCGUUAGUUAAGAAACGUAGAAAACCUAAAGAUGAACGUAUACGUGAAUUACUUCAAGUCUACUACAACAAAGUAAAGCGGAACCUGUUUCAACUUUGCACAUCGAUUUUGUGACAUUCAACACGAACUUGAGAAAUGUAUGUCUUGGAAAACACUAUACAGGCGCGAAUGAUGAUAUCGAACUGAGACAGGCAUUUUUGAUAAAACUUCGACCGGAAAUUGGGAAAGUUCUGAUGAUCCGAGACGCCAAGUAUUCUUCUCGAUCUGAAAUUAGUGAAGCUGUUAACAGAUUUGAACAAAGUUUUCCCUCAUUUCCUCUCCUUUCAGCAGAUUAUGUUGACCCAUUUCGUGAAGACAAAGCUAUGUUACGCCCCAAAUCCUGUUACAACUGUAAUCAACCUAGUCAUUUCAAAAGGAACUGUCCUGCUUUGUACAAUCCUGGAACAAACCAAGAACGAAAGCAAACAUUUUGUGGAAAUACUACCAGUCAAACCGAAGUGUGCCUCCAGUGGAAACAACGAGCUGUUCCUCGCUGCUUAUUUCCUAACUGA